AUGAACAGAAAGAAGAUUCUGUCACUUGGCAUGAAUGUGGGAUGCAUUUCUUUGAGCAAGAAAGUCUUGAGGAGCACAUGAGAAUUGACACUGAAGAGAAACCAUUCAUCUGCCCUCAAUGUGGAAAAAGUUUCACAGUGAAACAAAAGCUCGAGGCUCAUUUAAGGAUUCACACUGGAGAGAAACCAUUCACUUGCCCUCAGUGUGGAAAAAGUUUCACACAACAAGGUCAGCUUAAUAUUCACAUGAGAAGUCACAGUGGAGAGAAACCUUUCAUCUGUCCUCAAUGUGAUAAGAGUUUCACAUCGAAACAAAGCCUUAAAAGUCACAUGAGAAUUCACACUGGAGAAAAACCUUUUACCUGCCCUCAGUGUGAAAUGAGCUUCACACAGCAAGGAUACCUUAUACGUCACAUAAGAACUCAUACUGGUGAGAAACCUUUCACCUGCCCUCAAUGUGGAAAGAGUUACAAAGUCAAACAAAGCCUCGAGAGUCACUUGAGAGUUCACACUGGAGAAAAGCCAUUCGUCUGCCCUCAGUGUGGAAAGGGUUUCACAGCAAAACAGUGUCUUAAAAGUCACAUGAGCAUUCACAUUGGAGAGAAACCUUUCACCUGCUCCAUCUGUGGGAUGAGCUUCACACAACAUCAAAGUCUUAAACGUCACAUGUUCACUCACACUGGAGAGAAGCCUUUCAUUUGCCCUGAAUGUGGAAAAAGUUUUGCAGUGAAACAAAGCCUUGAGAGUCACACGAGAAUUCACACCGGAGAGAGACCUUUCACCUGCUCUGAAUGUGGAAAGAGUUGCACAGUAAAACAAAACCUGGAGAGUCACAUGAGAAUUCACACUGGAGUGAAGCCUUUCUCCUGCCCUCAGUGUGGAAAGAGAUUCACAGUGAAACAAAGCCUCGAGAGCCACAUGACCAUUCACACUGGAGAGAAACCUUGCACCUGCUCCGAGUGUGGAAAGAGUUUCACAAUGAAGCAAAAGCUUGAGAGACACAUGAAAAUUCACACUGAAGAGAAACUUUACAUCUGCCCUUUAUGUGGGAACAGUUUCACAAUGAAAACCAACCUUGAGAGACACAUGAAAAUUCACACUGAAGAGAAGCCUUUCACCUGCUUUGUGUGUGGAAAGAGUUUUAGAAUAAAACAAAACCUUGAUAGUCACAUGAGAGUUCACACUGGGCUGAAGCCCUUCAUCUGCUGUGAAUGUGGGAAAAGUUUCACUGUGAAACAAAGCCUUGAGAGUCACAUGAAACUUCACAAUGAAGCAACGGCGUUCACCUGCUCCGAGUGUGGAAAGAGUUUCACAGUGAAACAAAACCUUGAGAAUCACAUGAGAAUUCACACUGGAGAAAAGCCUUUCGCCUGCCCUCAGUGUGGAAAGAGUUUCACACAACACGUACACCUUAAACGCCACAUGAGAAUUCAUUUUGACAGAGUCGAGGAAUCUUCUCUGCUGUCUCCUGUGUACACCAUCCAUCCAGAUGAAGUGAUAGCAGUCAUAGCGUACCAGGACACCCACCAGCUGUCGGAGGAGAGUGAUGUAGUCAAUCUGUUUAUAUGAUUAUUUGGCCGUGAGUGAUAAGAGACCAAUGGGACAAUUGGUCAGGAUGCCACUUUUACACCCCUACUCUUAAUGAGUAAGUGUUUCUGUUGUUCAUUAUAAUGGGAGAUGCAGUGUUUCCCCUUCAUUUUAAAUUUACACAAUUAUUCUACAUAUUUUGAAUGUUUGUUAUACCUUGUUUGCUUAUAAUGAUUUAUGCAAUGUUUUUCUAAUCAUGUAUAACCUAAUAUACAAAGAAUAACAUUUA